UUCGAGCACAAGCGCGAUGACAAAGCGAACCAAGCGCGGGCAGCGUGAUGGAAGGAUGGACAGAUACAUUCCGAACCGCUCGGCGAUGAACAUGGAUGUAUCCGCGAUGCACGUGUGUGAGCAUGCCACCCCGUCGAUGGGCAAAUCGACCCCAUACCACCAAGCGUUGACGUUGACCAUGUUUGGGGUGCCGGAUCUUUCUGCUGUACCCGUCUACAAGCUCACGAAGAAUGCUGCGAAUCGGAUGGAACAAGGCUCGACUCCAUCCUCCGUCCGUCGCGUUGAGACAGGAGUGGUCAAGACAGUGUCCGCCUUACGAAUUAUGGAUGCACCAAUGGUGGAAAACGAUUUCUACUUGAACCUGCUGGAUUGGGGUGAAAUGGAUGUCCUUGCGAUUGCGUUGGGCAAGUCAGUCCACCUUUGGGACCAUCGAAAAAAGUCCCACAGCCAACUCGUGUCGUACCGGAACAACAUUGUCACUUCUUUGAAAUGGGGGAUAUCGUCGAACCGACACUUGCUCGCGGUUGGGAUCGACAAUGGAACAGCGCAAGUGUGGGACACCCAGACUAAACAAUGCAUUACGCGAAUUGGUGGACACAUUGCGCGAGUUGGUAGCAUGGCGUGGAGAGGCCCUACGCUGACAACCGGGUCUCUGGACAACACCAUUGCCCACCACGACCCACGGAUGCCAAACCAUCAGAUCACGAUGCUGCGUCAUCACACGGGUGAAAUAUGCGGCCUGGAAUGGUCCCCUGACGAGCGCAUGCUCGUGUCAGGCGGAAGCGACCACGUUGCCUGCGUUUGGUCCAAAGAUUUCUCCCGCACGACGCCGUUGCAUGUCAUCACCGCCCAUACGGCCGCAGUGAAGGCUCUCCGAUGGAGUCCUUGGGAUGUUGGCAUUUUAGCGACUGGCGGCGGUUCGAGCGACAAAACCAUUAAACGUUGGCGUAUCACCGAACGCACCUGCAAACUUCAGCACUCCGUCGACACAAUGUCCCAAGUAUCUGGACUCGUGUGGUCCCAGCCCGAGCUCCACCACAGCAAACAGCUGCUAUCGUCACAUGGACCGGUGUCGAACACAAUCAAGUUGUGGGACGUUGGCGGGAUGGCAUUAAUCAAGGAAUAUGGGGGCCACGCUCGUCGCAUCUUGAACAUGGCGGCAUCUCCCGACGGCAGUGCCGUAGCCACGUUAAGUGCCGACGAAACGCUUCACUUUUGGCCUGGGUUCGACGCCAAACUAGCCACCAAGAAACGACCCCGGGACGACUCGUCCUUGUUGACGGGAUUGCUUCGGUAGUUAAGUCGGCCGCGUCCACGAUACGUCAAAAGUCUUCUCGUUGAAGUAGAACGUCUUGCCUGUGUUGGUGUCGUCGAUUUGGACCCAUUGACGCAGUUCUGCGGUCGACGUGUACUUGACGCGUGGCCGCCGCAUGCGUUUUUUGCGUGCUUUUGCGAGUGGUUUGCGUUUUCGUUUGAGCGGUGGAGUCGCCGUGGCCCGCUACGACCAACGACAUCGUCUUCACAGUCCUCCCUCCUUAGCAUUAUGGUGUGUUGAUUGCGUACCUUUGGCACGACCCCCGUCGAGUCUUGUUGUUCCCACGCUGGAACAACCACCCCCAUGGAGGUCCACUUUUCCCGCGGCCACGCUUUGCAUCUUGCCAUGACACGAUCGGCAUAUGGUACCGCCUCUAGCCAAUGCGCC